GUCAGUACCGCUGUGGGAGUUGUCAGAAUAUCCAACGCUAAUAACUACGACCGUGAAUUGUCAGAGAAACGUGAUUGCGUAACGAGUAAUUUGCUCAACUGGUUGCUGCUGGGCGUCUGAAGAACGCCCUCUUUGGCUACAAGCUGCUUUAGCGGUGGGAAGGUGGAGAGGGGCUAUAGGCAGACCCAUGGCCGCAGUGCGUCACCCAGGUUACCCACUCAGGGACUCACUUUACUGGGAUGAAACAGAAUGCCUAAACUACUAUGGGAUGUUGUCUCUCCAUGAGGUCUUUGACAUAGUUGGUUCUCAGCUGUCAGAGACUGACAUUGAGGUGUUAUCAUUCCUUCUGAAUGAAACCUGUCCUGCAUCACACCCUCUUGAUCCAGCAGGCUGGACAGUUGAGCCCUGUGUGGGCGAUCCAGAUGACUCUGGCGUGUCCCCGAGUCCUGAGCUGCUAAAGGCCUGGAGGAAGUUAAAGCCUCAGAGCUCCCAGGGUCACUUAGUGGCCUCAUAUAAGCCCACAAGUGGCCUUGAGCUGUUGUUAGAGCUGGAGAGGCGAGGAUACCUCAGUGAUGGCAACCUGGAGCCACUACUGCAACUACUGAGAGUCCUCACUCGUCAUGACCUACUGCCUUUAGUGUCCCACAAGAAAAGGAGGACAGUAUCUCCAGAGAGAAUUGAACAGAGUUAUGGAAUAGAGAGCAGGGAGUUUUUGUGCGCCUCUGGAAUGCCACACAGCUGCAGACAGACAGAAAUACCUCUUCCAUCUUUCACACAGCAAUUGAGAACCAGUAAUUACCCUCCUAUGCCUGGGCCAUCCACUAGGAGGAGGAGGAAGAAGAGGGGAAAUGGCUGGAGCCACAGGCCCAAGAAAACAAGCAGACAAGACCAGCCAAUGCCUCCACCACCACCACCACCACCACCACAUAAAGUGUCCUGCAAUAUCCGCCUGCGCGUCCGGGCCGAAUACCUGGAGCAUGAGUCGGCACUCCGUGACGGUGUCUCCUCAGACAAACAGCAGCCCCUGGAGCGGCAGUUUGAGUUGUUCAGCCAAGCCAACUCGCUUCUUCGUGCCAGAGACCUGGGUUCCAUUGUCUGCGACAUCAAGUUCACAGAGCUGGACAACCUUGAGGCCUUCUGGGGUGACUACCUGAGUGGAGCUCUGCUGGAGGCCCUGAAGGGAGUCUUCAUCACUGACUCCCUAAGGAUGGCAGCAGGCACGGAGGGCGUCCGCCUGCUGAUCAGUGUUGACCAGGAUGACUACGAGGAGGGGCGAAGGGUGCUUAGGAGAAUGCGGUCAUCCAAUAAUGGUGGGCGCACAGGGACUCACUGGGCUGUAUAGGCUGAUAAGACUCUGGGGUGUAUUAUAUUAACUUUGAAUAAUGGAAUAGUAGGGAAUGCUAUUGAAAGUUAUGGUUUCAGGCAAAUUUGGAAGUAUUUUUAAGGCCUCCUUUUGUCGUGGCAAUCCAUUUAAUAACCACUAGAUGGCAGAACUUACCAUUUGUUGUUUGUGUUCAUAACAGGCCUUAGUUGAAACAUUACCAUUAUUUGUGGAAGAAAAAUGAAUAAUAACGGGUCAAUGUGCUUUCCCUUUGGAUUCAUGCACAGGUGCUACUUUGUAGGACACCAGGAUGAAACAGGAUAUAUCAAGAUUUUUCUUCUUAGUCUCAGUGAGAUGGUAAGCCCCUCAUAACAUUGUAUAUCUUUAAUAAAUAAGGUUAAGACAACUGGGCUGCCACAAAUGAUAGACAGACAGACAUACAUUUACACUGACUAAAUGGGUCACAAUCAGACCAACCUCCUAAUCGAGCAUUUAUCAACCAUUUUGUCCAAGUGUAUGCAUAGACAGUGGGCAUUCAGAUUCCAACAUGGCUCUUGGAAUUGUCAAAUACAAACAGACCACUAUACCCAACAAAUCAUACUUCACCGUUAGACAGUCGCUUGGUUUUCAUUUACAUGUUGGACUUGAAGAAUAACGAUAAUGCUAACUGACACUUAUCUUUAUUUAUACUAAUUUAAAGGACAACCCUGCCAAGAAAAGUUUCUGAUCUUUAAAAAUGUGUGAGAGAAUUGAGCACAGUUGGAAAAGUUAGCUGCUCAGUAAAGAUUGACCUUUUAUGUCUAACUUUGGAGAGCCUAGUCCACCCAUAUACACCUAGAUAACAAACACUGGGAUUCUCAGCCCUGUGUGCCAUGAUAACCUGACUUGUGAUUGCCGUGGUCAGUGGAUACGGCAGUUGCCAGUAGAUGACAGCAGUGAUUAAGGCUAGGCCUCAGCAGACCAUGGAAGAUUCAUCAUCCCAAGCUUGUCAACAGCAACCCGGAUAAUGCAAUGGUGGCUUGUGUCUGGGCUUCCAGCUAGGCCUCGGCAAGUGCUUCUCUUAGCAAGUAAAGCACAGGACAGUACAUCGGUCAAUAGAAGUGAUGUUGGAGAGAUCAAAAUCAAAAGUGCACAUCCUAGUUCCACUCAGCCCUGCUAUGUAGGCCCAGUAGAAUGGCUCAUGGACAGCUGUCUACUCACCCUGCUGGAACUAAUGCCUGGACUUCACUCAUAGAAGACGAUCAAUAAGGCCCCUCCUCUAAGUCCCUUCAUACAGGCACGACUUAAGCAGGCAGACUUGCUACUGUCUGAAGUGUAGGGCUCUGCGGGGCCGGGGAGAAGGAGGGACAAUGGACAUAUUUCCAUGUUUACUUUUGUGUGUUUUUGAUAAAUUAAUUUGUUAAUGUAUGUAUUGUUAAUAGGAGGAAAACAUUAACUAAUUCAGGGGAACAUUUUUGUUUUAAAAAAAAAUUGCUUUUGGUAUGGCAAUUGUUUUUGUGGAAAUCUUUAUAUAUUAGACAUUAUUUCUGGUGAAUAAUAAAGGUUUGGUGGCCUAAA